UCACUAUGACGAUACCAAGAAUUACUUUCUAACAAAAUGAAAUUAUUAUUCUUUGUCGUGGUCGUCGGGAUUUGCGAUAUUGCAGCAUCAUUGACCCCUUUUCAGCUCAGAUAUAAAAUCAGCAAAACACAAUGUGCUCCAGUUAGAGGAUUUGAAAGAAAAACGAUUCCUUGCUAUGAUUUCCGUAACAAGAAACUCGUCGAUCCAAAAGAUUGUGGAAACAAAGCGUACUCUCACUGUUGUAUUUAUAAAUGUUCUUGCAUAGUUAAAGGAGCCGGAACCUCACUAGGUAUCAUUCCAGAAGAAUAUAAAUUAUCAAAAAUAGUUUCAUCAAAAAAGAAUGUUCAGAAACAAGCAAGACUGCUAGAAAAUUGUUUACCAGACGCUUCAACAAGCGAGUCAUAUCCGAAAAAGAUAACCAGCAAGAAUCCAACAGAAAAUAUUGUCAUCAAAAAAUUAAAGUCAUCAGUAGAACAGAAAAAGCAUGAGAAAAUGCAAAAUAAAAAGACUGUCGGUAAAAAGCCGAAAACGAAGUCUGUUAAUAAAAAAGAAUUAAACAAAAAUCGUCAAAGACCAAGUGUUAAUGAACCGCUUGUACCGAAGUCGUCUGCAAAUAAUAAGAUUUCAAAGAAGACCGACAAAGGAAAAUCAACAAACCAGAAACCAACUUUUUCUCACGUGAAGCCAACGAAAAAACCAUGUGUUACGAAAACAACAAAACCUUCAUUUUCUUUUGGAUUCUUUUCUCGACUUUCUUUUAUGAUGGAUCAAUUUGGUUUUAACUCCAACGUUGUGAAAAAUGAUUCCUGUUCUUGAUUAGCAUGCAGCAGAAUUUAAAAUUUUUUUAUAAUAUUAAAUUAAAACAACAACAAUUACCCUUAAACUUAUUUUCACGCUUCUCUGCAUUUUUUUUUGUCUUUUGGAUAAAAAUAUAGUGCUUUUAUA